AGGCAAAGGUGAAUGCCUAAAAGUAAUGAUUUGGAGUGAAGGAAUGGAUCUCUGUCUUUGAAGCUUUGAUGACAAUGCAUCGAGAAGGCCAAUGGCGUGCUUGAAUGCUUUGAAGCAAGAAAUUAGAAUUUUGGAGUCAUUAUUCCCAACUCACCACGAGCGAUUCCAGGUGAUAUCUGCCAAUGUGGAUGAGCUAGCAUGCAGGUUCAUUGGGGCCAAUGGGCGGAGAUUUGAGCUUCAUGCCAAUAUCACGGAAACGUAUCCAUCAACACCACCCAUCUGGUUUUCUGUGUCCGAGGAGCCCUCUCUCUCACCUGCUAUUGAGCGGUUGAGCUCCACCACUGGUCAAGAUAACCAUUUGCUGAGUCAGGUGAAAAUACUUGUGGGAGAAUUGUGUAGACUCCAGAAGCUGCCCGAACCGGUUGAGUUAGAAACUGACUGGACCUUCCAUGUCCCUUCCUCCAAGAGCACAAGCUCUCCAUCAGGCAGUGGGGAAAGUGGUAUUGGUACGCGAGAAUACGAUGAGGAAGAGGAGGAGGACGAUGAGGAGGAUGAUAUGCACAUUGAAAUGGAGAACCCUCCAACAAAGCCUGAAACUGAAAGUGACAUAGCAGCAGAGAAUCUCCUGGUGCUAGAAAGGUUGAAGGACACUCAGAGAAAAGAUUACUUGAAAGGUCUGGUCUCUGGGUCAGUGCAGGCAACUGACAGGCUUAUGAAGGAGCUUCGGGACAUCUACCGUUCUGAGAGCUUCAAGAUAGGUGUCUAUACAGUAGAACUGAACAACGAGAACCUGUAUGAGUGGUAUGUGAGGUUAAAGGUCGUGGACCCUGACUCUCAACUCUACCAAGACCUGACUGUGCUCAAGGAGAAGGAAGGAAAGGAUCAUAUCCUAUUCAACUUCUUCUUCAAGGACACCUAUCCCUUUGAGCCGCCAUUUGUACGGGUGGUGCAUCCCAUGAUCUCUGGUGGGUAUGUGCUCGUUGGGGGAGCCAUCUGCAUGGAACUUCUCACCAAGCAAGGUUGGAGCUCUGCCUAUACUGUGGAGGCAAUUAUCAUGCAGAUUGCUGCAACCCUUGUCAAAGGAGGUGCUCGCAUCCACUUUGGCGCCAACAAGGUGGGGAAACCUGGCCAAUAUAGCUUGUCAAGAGCCCAGCAGUCCUUCAGGUCCCUGGUCCAAUACCAUGAAAAGAAUGGUUGGAGUACUCCACCAAAAGAAGAUGGAUAGGACUUGUGCAUCGUGGACUCCCGUGAACGUGUGGAGCAGUGAUGUGCAUUUACGAACGCUUCCAAAGAAAAAAAAAUUCACCUUGGCAACACCGACUCGUUACGAGGAGGUCUAUGAUGUGAUGCCGUUCUUUCAUUUUUUCAUUGACCGUUUUCUUUGCCUCGUGCUUCUCCCCAGUCUACUUCCCACAGACCUAUGUUUACUCAUAUACACAAAAAUUCUUGUCAAUGCAGAAAGUAAAGAAACAUUCAUUAUGCUAUCAAGGGAAUUGAGGACUGGAAAGUCCCAUAUCCUGAUUGAUGAAAUAUUCAGGUCAUAUUAACAUUUGAAAAGUGGGUUGCUUUUGUUGUGCGAGUACAAAGUAAUUCUGGCAGAAUGAUUCGUGCAUGUUUCUUUGAUUAUUUGCUCUUCCUGAAUUCAGGCAAUGAGGGGACUUGAGUUCUGUGUGUUUCCUCCCACCUAGGUCUUUUGUGAACAAACACUGAAUUAUUCAUGUUUUUGGUGAAGA